GAGUCUGGGCUGGAUCAGGCGAGGAGGGGCUGUCUGGAUAAAGCAGGAAGCGGGUGCUGCAGGGCUGACAGCUAUGGCUGAUGGUUUCCGGGAUUACAACCUGAACCAGGAGCAGAAGGCCAUCAAAGCCAAGUACCCCCCAGUCAAUAAGAAGUAUGAGUAUCUGGAUCACACGGCUGAUGUUCAGUUACAUGCCUGGGGAGAUACUUUGGAAGAAGCAUUUGAGCAGUGUGCUAUGGCCAUGUUUGGCUACAUGACAGAUACAGAGACCGUGGAGCCCUUGGAUACUGUAGAAGUGGAGAUAGAAGGACAUGACAUGCUGUCUCUUCUUUAUAACUUCUUGAAUGAGUGGCUGUAUAAAUUCAGCGCUGACCAGUUCUUCAUACCCAGGGAGGUGAAAGUGCUUUCCAUUGACCGAAUGAGUUUCAAAAUAAGAUCCAUUGGGUGGGGGGAAGAGUUCUCUCUACCCAAACAUCCUCAGGGUACUGAAGUCAAGGCAAUAACUUACUCUGCAAUGCAGAUCCAUGAAGACAAAAAGCCAGAAGUUUUUGUCAUCAUUGAUAUCUAAAAAAGAAGAAAAUGCUGCUGAAGUGCCUGGAAAAAUCAUGGAGCAGUUC